AGAUUCGUCAGUCAGGAGCCGGACGGCGGCGAAGAAGGACGGCGCCGGUCUCAGGCACGAGGCUGAAGGAGAAAGACAACAACAGAGGCCUGAGGAGAGGCUGGAUGUAGAUUUAUCGAUAUAUAACAGCCUUCCUUUGACGCUCAUCGCUUGGAAAUAUCUCCACUCAGCUCCAGACAACUGGAAGAGCUUAGAUUUGGCUCCUUUUCCCACCAAAUCCGUAUUAUUUUUGCGUGGCUGCUUCGUUUUUGAAGGGGUCAGGAUGUGAGAAGCUCAUGAGGGGGAGGAUCUCUUCCCUAACCUUCCCUUCCUCCUUCCAGCUUUAUAGGCCUUCCUAUUGAGAUUCCUAUUGAGUUUCAUCGGCCUCUUUUUGGCUUUGGAAAGGACUUUUAAUCCCAUCUCAUUUGAUUCCUCUCUUCAGUAUUAUUUCACCUCAGUUUCUCGCCUUGGUUUUUGCCACUAUUGGGUGUGUUUCUGGUCCCUUUUCAUCCACAUUUUUUAAAAUUAUAACCACUGUCUUGCAGGCCCUGUCAGCACAUCUUUUGGCCGUGUUUUUGCUCCCUUUUCAUCCACUUUUAUUAUUAUCCCACUGUUUUGCGCUCCUCUUUGUUGUCUUUUUUUCUUUGGAGGGAAAUUGUGAUAUUUUUCCCCCUCAGAAAUCCCUAUUUGGGGACAUUGCUCCUUCCUGUAAGUCUCAAUAUCUUGCUUCCUUCGCUGGACAUCAUAGGCUUUUAAUCUCCCAAAAAGGAUCUUAUUUUCUGUUUUCCUCCAGAAAAUAUUUGUGGACAUUGCUCACCUAUUUGGAGACAUUGCUCUUUCUUUUAAGACUCGAUAUUGUUUUUCCUUCCCUGGACGUUGUGGGUUUUUAAUCUACUCCCAAAAAGGAUCAUAUUUUCUGGUUCUGUUUUCCUCCAUAAAUUCCCCAAUUUGGGGACACUGCUCGAUAUCUUCCUUCCUUCCUUGGACAUCAUGGGGUUUUAAUCUACCCCGCAAAAAAGGAUUAUAUUUUCUGGUUCUAUUUUUCUCCAGAAAUCUUCCUAUUUAAGGACAUUGCUCGAUUUCUGAUUCCCUUCCCUGGACAUUAUGGGGUUUUAAUCUACCCUAAAAAAAGGAUCCUAUUUUCUGGCUGUUUUUGACGCCAACUCGAGCCCCUCAAGGUGCUAUAAAAGCCUUAAAACCUUUCAAUAUUCUAUAUAUAAUUCAUGAAGUGCCCCAAAAGACGCUUAAUGCACCCUGAAGCCUGUGCCUUUGGCCUCCUCUUUGCAGUCCUUUCUUCUUUCUAAGCUGUUUUCCCAAUGGAGGGGUUAGCCUAGACUUCCUCCAUCCUUUCUAACCUGUCAAGACUUCUGGUUUCCCCCUGUUUUUGGAAACCCCAUGCCCCCCAAAUCUCCCUGCAUUGGGGUCAUCCAAAUAGCCAGCCUGGGGCCUCCGACUCUGAUUGUUUGGGGGCCGAAACAAGCGCCAUGCAGGCCUUUUUUGCGGGGCUUUUUGAGCAGGCCCAAGCCGCUGCCCCCCCUUUUCCCUGGCACCUCUUUCCCACAUUGAUGUGAAGCUCCGGCCCCCUUCCCUGCCUCUCCUUUCCCCCAUCUCUUCCCUAUUGUUUCUUCCCCUUCCUUUAAAGAUAAUAAUAACAACAACAGCAGCCUCAAACCUUCCCCCCCAAUAAAUAAUCCUGCUUGGCUUCAUGCCCAUCCGAAAACCAUGGAGGCAGUGGGCGACUUUGAAUACAGCAAGAAGGACCUCAUCGGACAUGGCGCCUUCGCAGUGGUCUUCAAAGGGCGCCAUCGCAAGAAAACUGACUGGGAGGUUGCCAUUAAAAGCAUCAACAAAAAGAACCUAUCGAAGUCUCAGCUGCUGCUCGGGAAGGAGAUAAAAAUCUUAAAGGAGCUUCAGCAUGAGAACAUCGUCGCCCUCUAUGAUGUCCAGGAACUGCCCAAUUCUGUCUUCCUGGUCAUGGAGUAUUGCAAUGGUGGAGACCUGGCUGAUUACUUACAAGCCAAAGGCACUUUGAGCGAAGACACCAUCCGCGUCUUCCUGCAGCAGAUCGCGGCUGCUAUGCGCAUCCUCCACGGGAAAGGAAUCAUCCACAGGGAUCUGAAGCCACAAAACAUCCUCCUCUCCUAUGCCAAUCGCAGGAAGUCCAGUCUCAGUGGCAUCCGCAUCAAGAUAGCUGACUUUGGCUUUGCCCGCUAUCUCCAGAGCAACAUGAUGGCAGCCACCCUCUGCGGUUCCCCUAUGUAUAUGGCUCCCGAAGUCAUCAUGUCACAGCACUAUGAUGCAAAAGCUGACCUUUGGAGCAUUGGGACAGUGAUCUACCAGUGUCUGGUUGGAAAGCCCCCAUUUCAGGCCAAUAGUCCACAAGAUUUAAGGAUGUUUUACGAAAAGAACAGAAAUCUGAUCCCCAGCGUCCCCAGGGAAACCUCUCCGUACCUGGCCGACUUGCUGCUGGCUUUGCUCCAGAGAAACCAGAAGGACAGAAUGGACUUCGAAGCCUUCUUCAACCACCCAUUCCUGGAUCAGGUUUCGACGGUCAAAAAGUCAUGCCCCGUUCCUGUGCCAGCAUACACGGGUUCGGUGUCUGGCAGCUCUUGCGGGAGCUCUCCUUCCUGCCGCUUUGCUUCUCCCCCAUCGCUUCCCGACAUGCAGCACAUCCAGGAGGAUGCCCUCUCCUCCCCUCCGCUGGGGCCGCCAAAUUUCCUCCAGGUCUCCAAAGAGUCCGCCAGCACCAGUAGCAAGAACUCCUCCUGCGACACUGACGACUUUGUCCUGGUUCCGCACAACAUCUCUUCCGACCAAUCAUAUGAUAUGCCUCUGGCGGCCACUGGACGGAGGGCAUCGAGUGAGUUCCUGAUGUGCGGAGGAGGGCCCUGCCAGCCCCCCGCUGUCUCCCCCCGCAGUGAGACAGCACCCAUCCCGGUACCCACCCAGCUGCGCAACUACCAGCGCAUCGAGCAGAACCUGACCUCCGCUGCUGCCGCCAGCCCCAGCUCCAACCCCCAUGGCUCCCCCAGGUCCGGCGUGGUGCGGCGCUCAAACACCAGCCCCAUGGGCUUCCUGAAGACGGGCUCCUGCUCUCCGGUGCCAGCCGACGGGCGCAGGCUCUCCACAGGCUCCUCUUCCCGGCCGUAUUCCCCCUCGCCCCUUGUUGGCACCAUACCUGAGCAACUAGGCCACUGCUGUUGUGGGCAGAUUCAAGGGCAUGAAUCCAGAAGCCGGAACUCCUCAGGCUCCCCGGCACCUGCCUCCCAUUCCCCGCAGUCCCUGGUGAUGGCUGGCGCCCGCCUCCAAAACACCCCAACCCUGACAGACAUCUACCAGAACAAGCAGAAGCUCCGGAAGCAGCAUUCGGACCCAGUCUGCCCAUCGUACGCCGCCCACGGCCACCCCCCACCACAGCCAACACAGCCUCCCCGCCCUGUCAGCCUGGGCACCUCACCCACCAAGCACCCGGGCUCCUCUCCCCGCGGCUCUGACUGGCUCUUCAAGACCCCGCUUCCCACCAUCAUCGGCUCCCCCACCAAGGCCACGGCACCAUUCAAGAUCCCCAAGACGCAAGCCUCUUCCAACCUGGUGGGCCUGCUUGCCCGCCCGGGGUCUGCCGAAGCCCAGCUCCCACCAGCCAAAGAGGCGGGCGAAAUGGCGCGGGAGUUCCCCCACUUCCAUUCGGCGCAGGGAGCCGAGCGCCAAGCCCAGCAGCAGCAGCAUCACGGGAAAGCCCUCUUCGGCAGGUCCGUCAGUACUGGGAAGCUAUCAGAUCAGCAGGCCAAGGCCGCUCUGGGUGGUCAGCUGUACCAGGGCAGUACGGAUAGCCUUAACACCGAGCGACCCAUGGAUACAGCUCCCCCGGCGGCCUGCGUGCUGGCGGCCCCCCCACCUUGCCUGGGCACCGGAGCCGGUUCGAGGGCCGUGAUGUUCACUGUGGGAUCCCCGCCUAACAGCGCCACCCCUCCCACCUGCGCCCACAUGCUGCUCCGGGCACGCACCACCUCCGUCGGCUCCAACAGUUCCGGAGGCUCCCUCUGCUCCACCAGCGGCCGCGUCCUCGUGGGCUCCCCGCCGGGGAUUUACUCGGGGUCUUCUCCUCCUGGGGCAGAAGCAGCCCCCUGCUUGAAGUAUAUGUCUUACGGCACGUCUCCGCCCAGCUUGGAAGGUUUCAUCACCUUCGAAGCCCCCGAAUUGCCUGAGGAGACGCUGAUGGAGAGGGAGCACACGGACACGCUGCGCCACCUGAACCUGAUGCUGGCCUUCACGGAGAGCGUGCUGGAGCUGACGGCCAUCCGGAGCGGCAACCCGGAACUGUGCGCCUCGGCCGUCUCUCUCUACCAGAUCCAGGAGAGCGUGGUGGUGGACCAGAUCAGCCAGCUCAGCAAGGACUGGGGGCAAGUGGAGCAGCUGGUCUUGUACAUGAAGGCGGCCCAGUUGCUGGCCUCCUCUUUGCACUUGGCCAAAGCGCAGAUCAAGUCGGCCAAGCUCAACCUCUCCACGGCCGUCAAGCAAGUGGUCAAGAACCUGAACGAGCGGUACAAGUUCUGCAUCUGCAUGUGCAAGAGGCUGACGGAGAAGCUGAACCGGUUCUUCUCGGACAAGCAGCGCUUUGUGGACGAGGUGAACAGCGUGACGGCAGAGAAACUCAUCUACAGCUGCGCGGUGGAAAUGGUCCAGUCGGCCGCUCUGGAUGAGAUGUUCCAGCAGACGGAGGACAUUGCGUACCGAUACCACAAGGCGGCCCUGUUGCUGGAAGGCCUGGCCAAGAUCUUGCAAGACCCAGCCGACAUAGAAAACAUUAACAAAUAUAAAGCCAGCAUCGAGCGGAGGCUCUCGGCCCUUUGCUACGGCGCCGUGGCCGUUUACGAAGCAUAGCGGGAUCUGCCACCUCCGCGGCCGCCCUACCAAAGAGAAAAACCAAAACGGGCGGCCGGUUGAGUUCCUUUGAGAAAGUUAACAAACUCCCGAACCCUUCAACUGCGGAGGCUUGCUCGCCUUACAUCUCGUCCUUCGCAGAAGCCGCUGGGUUUCGGAAGAAGCAAUGGAUCGACUUCGUUGUCGUACAAACAAAACACUUGCGGAAGAUGAUUCCAUAUCCCCCUCUUCCCAUUUUUUGCGGAACGAAUCCCGAACUUUGGUUUUGUUUGGAGCAUCUCUGCAGGAAUCUUUGUAAAUAACCGCUGACGAAACAGAGGGAGGAAAACCUGCACCUUUGGGGAAAAAAAAGAAGAGUAAUAAUUAUACGGAAAAAAAAGACAGAACAAUGGGAGUUUUUUAUUUGACCUCAAUUCGGACAAUAUUUUAGCCUAACCCGGAUAUUGUUUUUCCCCACUGCUCCGAACCACUUUUAUAUUGCACUAAUAUGUACUAAAGGAACUACGUGUUUGUUUUUUGGGGAGAGGGAUAUCGAUUUACACACAAAAAGGCACAACGGAAGAGGAAGCGCUACACUUCGGCGUAUAGGAAGGGAUAAGAACGACAAAAUCUCGGCGUAAACUACUCCAUCCUGUCCCGGGACUUUCCCCAAUUUUAUAACUCCGUCGGAUCGUCUUUCACUUUCCGGAUGCCCAAAUCAACCUCUUCCUCUGCAAUUUUGAACGGACUUCCUGCGGCCGCAUGUGACUAAUUGUACAGUGUUGCCCUGUAUUACCUGGUUUUUUAAAAAUUGUUAUUAUUAUUAUUUAAUGUUUGGUUCCGUUUCGGAUAAAGACUCUACGGUUUCGAUCUACAGGCUCGGAUGUACUCGAAAAACCAUCAUUGUUUUUCUCAGAAAUUUCGACUUGAGAAAAACACCCGAUAUAUAAUUUUUAUUUUCUCAAAUAUCUUCAAGCACCAACCAUUUUCAGCCCAAUAUAACUAUAUAUAUAUACAUAUACAUACACAUUGUGUGUGUGUGAGAGAGAGAGUGUGUGUUUGGUGUCUCUUUUCUUUCCCACCUUCUUUUUGUCCUUUUUUUUCACCUUAUUUAUCUGUCCAAGGAAUUCCAAGCCCAUUUGGUUAUUGUUUCCAUUUCCCUGUUUUUAAUUUAUACGGCGUUUGUAUUUCCUAAGGUCUCUUUUAAUACAGUGUUUCUACUACCUCUCCUUUGUAACUUUGCAUGCAACCCUUAGUUAGAAUAACGGAAACAAACCAACAAAAAGAACCCCGUUGCAUAAUUUUUAUGAUGGCUUGUAUAAAUGUAUAUUAAGGUGAAAACAAAACAAAAAAAAAUAAACAGAAGCAAAACAACAA